AGCGGGGUGACGUAAUGACGCUGUGCUUUGCCCCUGCCUGCCAGCCGAGGAAACCCUGUGCAGAGCUGCCAACGCCCGGUGAGGAGACGGGGAGAGAGUAAGGUCUGCAUUGAUCAAGCGUUGCCGACAUUGACAACAGAAGGUAGCAGCCAUGCAGACUAUUAAGUGUGUGGUCGUUGGUGAUGGUGCUGUGGGUAAAACCUGUCUCUUAAUUUCAUAUACCACAAACAAGUUCCCAUCAGAGUAUCUUCCUUCACAGGUAUUUGACAACUAUGCUGUCACAGUUAUGAUUGGUGGCGAGCCGUACACCCUAGGGCUAUUUGAUACAGCAGGACAGGAAGACUACGAUAGAUUACGACCUCUUAGCUAUCCUCAGACAGAUGUGUUCCUCGUCUGUUUCUCAGUGGUAUCCCCAUCUUCAUUUGAAAAUGUGAAAGAAAAGUGGGUACCUGUCACUCAUCACUGUCCCAAGACUCCAUUCCUGCUUGUUGGAACACAGAUCGACUUAAGGGAUGACCCCUCCACAAUCGAGAAGCUCGCAAAAAAUAAACAGAAACCAAUCACUCCAGAGACAGCUGAAAAGCUGGCCCGAGACUUGAAGGCAGUUAAAUAUGUGGAGUGUUCCGCACUGACGCAGAAAGGCCUAAAGAAUGUAUUUGACGAGGCGAUAUUGGCCGCACUGGAACCUCCGGAGCCCAAGAAGAAACGCAAGUGUGUGCUGCUAUGAAAACCCUUCAGUGGUCUCCCCCCUUCUCCAGAGCUGGUGUUGACAUCAAACUAAAACAAAACAAAAAAAAAAAACAUGUUUAAAUCAAAACUAAAGAUUAAAUAUAAACUUUUUAAUUUUUUUUUUUUUAUCUUUUAUUUUUUUCACGUUCAUGAAAAAGGCCCUGAACUCAUCACCAGCCAAAAGCCAGUGGUGAUAUCUGAAAAUACAAGCCCAGCUACAUUUAAGUCUUGUAGAAAAGAUUAGUUUGAGCAAUUGUGUAUCCACCGAAAAACACUGAUUAUUGCUAGUUUUUUUUUUUUUUUCCUGUCUUUUUUUAAUUUUAUUAUGUAUUUACAGUUGCUAAUGUCUUAUAUUAAAGAACAAGGCAUGCUUCAUCUAUAACAGACUAAUUUUAAACCUGUUUUAUCUGUUCAUCUCUUACAUCAAGCUGAUAGGAGACUCCUUUAACACACACACACACACAUGCGCGCAGGCAGGCUGAUUGGGUGGUGUACACUUCCUUACGGCGUGACAGUUUUGGGGGUUCAGAUUAAAGGCAAUGGCGCCCCCACUCAUGGUUUCUCGGGCCCUCAAAUGGGCAUCCCAUGCAAAACGAUUUCUCCUGAUACUGAACUUUAAAGAGACCCUGUUAAUCCACUUGGUAAAAUUGCAGGUAAAAGCAGAUUUUUUUUUUUUUAAAUGCUUACUUGCUCCUCCCACC